CUGAUGCCAAGAUCUUGGUGGAGAGCAACUCAUUCUAAUGGAAGUUGAGUUGGCGACAGAAGAUUGGCGUUGGAAACAAAACAAGGAAUCAUUGGAUUAUGAUUUGAUGAACUUCUCAGAGGACAGUGUUGAUGCUAAAUUGAUGGUUCUGCAGCUUUGGAAUGGUAGGCUUUGUUUCUUUUCUGAGGGGGAGAGGAGAGAUAGGAGUUUCACCUACCAAACCAAGCUAAUUUCAUUAACCUGAUAAUGAGUAGCUCAACUAAAAGAACUUCCUAAAUUAGCAAUAUGUUCCAAGCUAAAUGUUGAAUUGUCCUUAACCUAAUCAAAGUUAGAUUAUCUUUGACCAAUGCUAUCUUAUAGAUGGGUUAAUAAGGCUUUGUGUUUAAGAUAAAACAAUGCACAAAUUAGCACUUGGAUUCUCAGACUAACUCAUCUACAAAAUGAUCUCAAUCUGAAAAAUACACAAACUAAUACAACAUAACAUAAUAAUAAAUAUAACAAAAAUUAUUUCUGAUAGUUGUGAGGAAGAAAAAGUAAAUGCAUCUACACUUGAAGGACAAAUAAAUGAAGUUGAUUUGUUCAUCAGUGGAGCAAAAGUUAACAGUAUUCUACAGUGGAAGAAAGUCACCACUUUUGACAAAUGUGCCAUGCUGCAAAAUGAGAACUCUUAGCAUAUUGGUGUUCUUCUGGGGGGGAAACAAUCAGAGACUUUGAAAGAUGAACACAUACUCCUCCUCUUAGAGGAUGUGUUGACACUGAUAAUUAUAAAUACAAGAACAAACUUGCUGAUGAACAACAAAUACUUCUCAAGAACAAAGAUAUUGCUUUUCUUUCAAUUUCAGAAAUAAAUUUGGGUGUCAUCACUUAAUUAUUACUUCUAAAUUUCAGUGAAUUAUGUGGCACAGUUGGUAGAAUGAAUGAUGUCAAGAAAGCGAUUUGACCACCAUAAAAGCUUUAGGGGUUGUAUGUUUGACCAGAGUGUGAGAAAUAUUUCUCUCGUGUUGCUGCAUUGCCACCAUGUCAAUUCGGCAACAUCAAGUGCGCACCGAGCAGUGCUCUUAGUACUCGUGGCACUGUCCAUAACACUGUUCUAAGUGAUUCCAACAAGAGAUUAAGCAGAUUUCCAUGAGCUCCGGUGACUCCCAUGUUUAUCAUGCUUCAGAUUGUUUUGCAUUAUGUUGCAUGAAUCACUCCUAAGAUUAGCAGACAAAGGGCAAACACUGACCUAACAUCCCCCACUCAUGCUUGAUGCAUGUGCUGUGAUUGUUCUCUAGCAACACUCUCUCUUCUUCCUACAGUAUAAAGAAGGAUGAUGAGAUAUAUAUAGGACAGUAUACAUGCCCCAAAUCACUAGGCGAGGUUUCCUUUCUGCAUCUCCUUUGGCCUCCCUUUCGAUGCUUCCUUCUUCUCUUUCUCACAUAUGGGCACAGCACCUCGUGGCUCCAUUCCCUGUAAUGGCAAUCAUGAUGAUGAUGACUGCAACCAUCUUCCGCCCAAAUCCCUCUCCCUUCACUACCAUAGCCAUCCCUGUCUUCACCACCAGUGCGUCACCACCAUUAGAGCUCACGCUUGCUACGUCGCUGCCCUCGCUGUUCAUGGGACGUCCGUCUACAGCGGCGGCUCCGACCAAGAGAUCAGAGUCUGGCCAUCUGUUCUUUUAGACUCGUCGUCCACAGCGAGGACUGAUCAUCCUGCGAGCUUCACUGUGGCUCAAACAGAGAGCCCGGUGAAAUCGCUUCUUGUGUCAGGUGACAACCUGUUCAGCUCUCACCAAGACGGCGAGAUCCGCGUGUGGCAGAUAAACCAGAGGGAGCAGCGCUGCUACAAGCUGAAAGCAGUUUUGCCGACCUCCAUGGACCGGUUUUUGAGCUUCCUGUCGCCCAAGAACUAUGUGCAGGUCCGCAGACACAAGAAGUGCUCCUGGGUGCACCACGUUGACGCCGUCUCCGGCCUCGCGCUCUCGCACGACGGCGCGCUCCUCUACUCCAUCUCCUGGGACCGAACUCUAAAGGUGUGGCGCACCUCCGGGUUCAGGUGCAUAGAGUCCGUCGCGGGCGCCCACCAGGACGCCAUCAACGCGAUCGCGGUGUCGCGGAACGGCCACGUCUACACGGGCUCGGCCGACGCCAAGAUCAACGUGUGGAGGAGGAGUGGCGAGGAGGGGAAGCACUCGCUGGUGCAGACGCUGGAGCGGCACCGGUCGGCGGUGAACGCGCUGGCGCUGAGCGCCGACGACCGAGUGCUGUACUCGGGAGCGUCCGACCGCUCCGUGGUGGUGUGGGAAGGGGGCAGCGGGGGGAUGGCGGCCACCGGGGAGCUCAGGGGACACAGGAGGGCCAUCCUGUGCCUUGUGGCGGCCGGGGACGUGGUCUGCAGCGGCUCGGCGGAUACGACGGUGAGGGUGUGGAGGAGAGGACGAGAGCAGAAGGGGCGCCACAGCUGCUUGGCCGUAAUGGAAGGCCACGGAGGGCCGGUCAAGAGCUUGGCGAUGGUAGUGCUGGAAAGCAGCAGCAGCAGCAGUAGUAGUACAUGCCUGGUUCUCAGUGGAGGUUUGGACUGUGAUCUAAAGCUGUGGAGACUCUCAGUUCCUUCUCUCUCUUAGGAGGACACCUCCCUGGCUUUGGAAGUACAACUUCUCUUAGAUCGAAGAUGAUACUCCAUCGUCCUCCCCACGGGAUGCUUGACCACGUUCAUGGCCAUGCCUGGCCACAGUCAAAAAAGGGUUUACGGCCAUCUACCAUUGGCUUGGCCACAGUUGAAAGUAAUACUAAUUGAACGAACUGAACCAUUAAGGCCACAUGUUAUCCAGAAACCACGUAACAUAGAUGAUAGGAGAUGAUAAAAUGGCCGAGGUCUAUCACUAUGGUACCUUUUUGAGGAGCAUAUCAACAAGGAUUAGUUGUACUGUCACUUCAUCAUCACUGUGUCACACCCUUCAUGGUUUAUUU